GUGGUUUUGAAACUUCGCGCCCAAACUGUCCAGGCCGUCAAAAUGAAUGAAGGCUUAGGUCCCGUCAAAAUUUCCGUCUAAAUGCCGGAAAAUGCAGUCUCGUCAAAACUCCAGUUCCGGGCUGCUGAUGGUCGGCCCGAACUUCCGGGUCGGGAAGAAGAUCGGGAGCGGGAAUUUCGGGGAACUGCGGCUCGGGAAGAACCUCUAUAACAACGAACACGUCGCGAUUAAGCUGGAGCCCAUCAAGACCAAGGCGCCGCAGCUGCAUCUGGAGUACCGGUUUUACAAAAUCCUGGGCCAGCAUGAGGGGAUCCCCAAGGUGUUCCAUCUGGGCACGUGUGGCGGGCGGUACAAUGCGAUGGUGAUGGAGCUCCUGGGGCCCAGCUUGGAGGAUUUGUUCACUUUGUGCAAUCGGCGGUUUCGGCUGAAGACCGUUCUGAUGAUCGCUGACCAGUUGUUGACGCGGAUUGAGUACGUGCACAGCAAACGGUUGAUUUUUAGGGACAUCAAGCCGGAGAACUUCCUCCUGGGGCGGACCAAGACGAAGAAGGAGAAGAUCAUCCACAUUAUUGAUUUUGGGUUAGCGAAGGAGUACAUGGACGAGGCAACAAACCGGCACAUUCCUUACAGGGAACACAAAUCUUUGACAGGGACCGCUCGCUACAUGAGCAUCAACACCCACAUGGGGCGCGAGCAGUCCCGCAGGGACGAUUUGGAGGCAAUGGGCCACAUGUUUAUGUACUUCCUUCGUGGCUCCUUGCCCUGGCAAGGCCUCAAAGCCGAUACCUUGAAGGAAAGGUACCAAAAAAUCGGCGAAACGAAGCGCACCACCCCCAUUGAGACUCUCUGUGAGGGCCACCCUGAGGAAAUGGCCACGUACUUGCGCUACGUUCGCCGAUUGGACUUUUUCGAAACGCCCGAUUACGACUACCUUCGGAAAAUCUUCAAGGAUUUGUACAAGGAGAAGGGCUAUGCCGACGAUGGAGUUUUCGACUGGUCAGACCGAUUAAUUUGGUUGAGUGGCCGUGAAAGGAAGUUCAGUGAUACAAAGUAUUAUUUCAGCAAGCAUAUUGCGCCCAGCGCUCAGAGCGAUGGCUGACACCGCCAUCGGCGACUGCGCUCGUCAAAGACUGAAACCGCAUUUUGUAACAGUUUUAUUGAAGUAAACGACCUAAGAACAA